AUGGGUGCUGGCAGUUCCAAGCCCGACGCUGCGGGCGGCUCCAAGCAUGUCUUCUCCAGCAACUCUUCAAUUCAGUUCUCCUCGAACCUAGUCGACGCUCUCCAGUCCACCUCCGAGGUUCGUUUCUAUCCCGGCUCCGCAAGCACGACCAAACACAAGAUCGGAAUUGACAAGCAGGAACAGACGGACUCCUCCCGCGCCAAGGCGAUUGAACUGGAAAUUCAGAACCGUGUCGCCCAAGAACUCCAGCGCCUCCGCGAGCGCGAGCAGCAGACCAUGGCCGAGAUCGAGAAGCGCCUCGCCUCUGCAAAGGAUGCUGGCUCCAUCCCUGUGACAGCCGCCACUGCGCCCGUCGCCCCCGCCAGCACCGGACCCGUUGGCUCUUUGAACCUCGAUGCGCCGCGCAUCCCGUUCGCCGGCCGCGAGUACGACUCUACACCCGUGGCCGCUCCCCCCGCCGAAAGUGCCGAGCCGACCCUGAACCGCGAGAUAUCCCGUGAGACCGUGAAUACUGAGAUUGAGGCUCUCCGUGCCCGUCUCGAUGGACGGAGGAAGCUUGCGGACCUGGACGAGGGUGUUGCCAAGGCUCAGUCAAACGUCAUUGGUUGCUUGCGGUUGAACGACCGUCGGCCAUUGGAUUGCUGGCAGGAGGUUGAUGCAUUUAAGAAGGAGGUUGCGCGCAUGGAGGCUGCCUUUGUGGACCGCAUUGUGGGUUAA